UCAUCAGUUUCAAGCUUAUUGUUAUACGCGCGCUUCAUUCUUCUCGUCCUGUUGCUUCAUUCUCGGAGAAGUCACACCAUUCAUAAUGCUACAAUGGAUGGGAGGUUCUAGACGAAAGGUGACAUCGUCUAGAAAGUCAAUACAUAAUAGGCAAAGGCAAUAUUUUGAACAAAGGAAACGACAACAGCAUGUCACUGGAGUGGAAAAUCAAUCAGAUGCACAGAAUCAAGAUCAUUACAGCGAGGAGCCUUGUUCACUGGAUAUUCUCAGCUUAAUAAAUUUGGCAACAAGUUCUCAACAAGGCUAUCGUAGUGAAACCCGUGAACAUGAUGGUUCACAAGACUCUCAAUUUACACAGCUUCCCCUUGAAAAUAUGUCAAGGAAAGCAACCUCUGGAUUACCUGAAGACCUUGAUAAGUCACAUAAGCCUGUGUAUUGCCAUUCUGCACAGACUGUACAAACAGGAUCCAAACCGGGGUCUUCUAUCCAGUCUAAAAUUUCUGCAGGCAAUCUCGUCCCCAGUGUGCCUACUUCAUAUGGAAGCAGCAGUAGAAGUGAUAAAAGGAAGUUGCAAUCCCUGGCUGGUGAACGUACUUCCAACUUUAUUAACAAACUGAGCAAACAAGAAGAAGUACAUGAUGUUAAUGAGCAAUUUUCAGAGGUUUCUGUUCUUGAUUUACUUGAUGAUGGACCCACCAGCAAUUCAGGUAGAGGACCAGUUCCUGAAGGUUAUGUGGCAUUUUCAGUUGAAGGUCUUGGUCAAGUUGGGAUAGGAACCCCUGCUCAUUCACCAAGACGGAAUCUUCCUUCACCUCCAAAGGCUCCAAGGCGGAUGCAGCCUUCGGCAAAGCACAAGUCUUACCAAUACAAUCUUGGAAUAACAAACGAUGAUUACGUGAACCUCGCCAAUUCCUAUGCUUGUAGAGUGAAGUUAUUACCAGCAAGAAGUAUGAUUUUGAGGCCAAACUGCAAGCUGAACAUAUUUCAAUUUGGAUGUUGA